AUGGCCCCUGGAAUUCUGUCUGUCGAGCCAGUUGUCGCAAAAAAUGGCGUAACAGAUGGAAUUAACAACAAAACUACGCUCAAUAAACCCUCCAAGGAACACGACAUUAUCCUUAAAACCUUUCGGUUGCUUAUCAGUGAUCUCUGCCAACAAUUCAAUGGCGGCCAUCCUGGUGGCGCUAUCGGCAUGGCUGCGAUUGGAAUCGCUCUAUGGAAGUAUGUGAUGCGCUAUGCACCACAUACCCCAGACUUCUUCAAUCGAGACCGAUUUGUACUCUCAAAUGGCCAUACUUGCCUAUUUCAAUACGCCUUCUUGCACUUGGCGGGAUACCGCGACAUGACAAUGGAUCAGCUAAAGUCAUACCACUCAAAGAGAUGGGACUCCAUAUGCCCUGGCCAUCCAGAGAUUGAGAUUGAAGGCAUCGAGGUAACAACAGGGCCUUUAGGGCAGGGUGUCGCUAAUGCGGUUGGCUUAGCUAUAGCUACCAAGAACCUAGCGGCGACAUAUAACCGACCUGGAUAUGAUGUUAUAUCGAAUCAUACGUGGUGUAUGAUUGGAGACGCAUGUCUUCAGGAAGGUGUGGCUCUCGAAGCCAUCUCUUUCGCGGGCCAUCUCAAACUAAAUAAUUUGACUGUCAUAUACGAUAACAAUCAGAUUACUUGUGAUGGCUCAGUGGAUUUAACAAACACUGAAGAUGUCAACACGAAAAUGAGUGCGUGUGGUUGGAAUGUGAUCAACGUUGAGGACGGUUGUUAUGAUGUGGGUGGCAUUGUGGCCGCAUUAGAAAGAGCCCGAGCCUCUACAGACAAACCCACGUUUAUCAACGUGAAAACGAUAAUCGGCCUGGACAGUGCAGUUGCUGGACAGGCAGAGGCACACGGAGCCGCUUUCGGCGUUGACGAUGUGAAACGGAUGAAGCAAGCUUAUGGUUUCAACCCAGAGGAACAAUUUGUUGUUGGUGACGAGGUCCGUCAAUUCUUUUCUGAGCUGCCCAGCCGUGGAGAGCAGGUCGUUUCACGGUGGAACGAGCUUGUGGAUCGAUAUGCGAGGGCGUAUCCAGACAUCGCCCAAAACUUUCAACAGCGCUUAGAUGGAAAGCUGCCUUCACAUUGGAAGACAUUAGUACCUAGCCCAGAGAGUCUUUCUGAUAAGCCAAUGGCGACACGAGCGUCGUCCGGGCUGAUGGUCAAUCCUCUCGCUAAAGCGAUUAAUUCUUUUGUUGUAGGAACUGCGGAUCUCUCGCCGUCUGUAAACAUGGCAUGGGAUGGAAAAGAAGAUUUUCAGCAUCCUGAUCUGCGGACAACCUGCGGCAUCAAUGGCUCUUAUGCAGGACGGUAUAUUCACUACGGCGUACGAGAACACGCAAUGUGCGCUAUAUCCAAUGGAUUAGCAGCCUUUGCCCCUGGCACCUUCAUUCCGGUUACGAGCUCGUUCUUCAUGUUCUACCUAUAUGCCGCGCCGGCGGUACGAAUGGGUGCCCUGCAGCAACUGCAAGUGAUUCACGCAGCAACCCACGACUCCAUUGGAAUGGGCGAAGAUGGGCCAACCCAUCAACCGAUUGAGUUAGCAGCAUUAUACCGUUCGAUGCCAAACUUGCUGUAUAUCCGUCCCGCAGACAGUGAAGAGACAGCCGGCGCCUGGAUCGCGGCUAUUGAAGCGAAAGAUGUAUCUUCUAUUAUCUCGACUUCACGACACAAAGUGCCGCAAUUGAAGCAUACACGGAGAGAUGGCGUAGCAAAAGGCGCUUAUGUUGUUCAAGAAGAUGACGAUGCGCAGCUGACGCUCAUCGGCGUUGGCGCAGAGUUAUCGCAUGCUCUUGAUGCCGCCACCGUAUUGCGUGAAUCGAAAGACAUCCUCUGCAGAGUAGUCAGCUUCCCAUGUCAACGGCUGUUUGAAGGGCAAUCCUCGGAGUAUAAAAGGGAUACCUUACGAAGACAUAUCGGGAUUCCCGCGAUUAUAAUUGAGCCAUACGCUCCAAAUGGGUGGGAGAGGUAUGCAAAUGCGGGCAUAAACGUAAAGCGCUUUGGACACAGUCUCCCAGGCCCGGAGGCGUACAAGUAUUUUGGGUUAGAUGUCAAUAGUAUUGUGUCUAAGGUUCAAGAUUACUUGAUGAGGAUUCGUGAGGAUGAGGCUCUAAAGGGAGAGUUUGUUGAUUUGUAG